AUGCGGGCUGUCUUCUUGUGCAGCAGCAUCUUACCUCUUCACAUCCUGAUCUGCGUUCACUCUCUACCGGCGCUCGACCGGACAGCCGCCAGCAGGUACAAGCAGCUACAGGGACGGCCUCAUCGCCACAGUCACGUCGGUCUGAAAAAGGGACGACACGAAAAAGACACUCUCAAUGAAGAGUACCAUUUGAAGUCUGUGCUGCCCCCCAAAAAUGACACAGAGUUCUGGAAGCGUCCUCGCUGUGGAGUCCCGGACUAUCCCUCCUUAACGCAGGUCAACCUGUCCUACUUAAACCUGAAGAGGAAGAAGAAGGGAGCACUGAGCAGACAGCAGCGAAUGAAGCGAUUUGCACUCUUCGGAGGGCGCUGGGAGAAGAACCACCUCACUUACAAGAUUGAACGUUUUCCCUGGCAGAUGAGUGAGGACAAGGUGCGGCGUAUCUUACAGGAAGGGUUUGCUGUGUGGAGUGCAGUGACUCCUCUGAGGUUCAGUGAGGUCAACAAUGAGAAGGCUGACAUCCUUAUUGACUUCAACAGGUACUGGCAUGGUGACGACCUACCAUUUGAUGGUCCUGGAGGAAUCCUUGCCCAUGCCUAUUUCCCUCGGACACACAGACAGGGAGAAGUCCACUUUGACUAUGAUGAGGAUUGGACUGUGGGCAACGAUGUGGGCACAGAUCUCCUACAAGUGGCAGCUCAUGAGUUUGGACAUGUCCUGGGCCUGCAGCAUUCUCUGGAGCCGGAGGCUGUGAUGAGUCCUUUCUACAGCAGCUCCUACCCGCUGCGGUUGAGCGAGGACGACAAGAGAGGCAUCCAGUAUCUGUACGGCCCCCCGCCGCACAUACCGCCCGACAUGUCAGAGACCAAUGAGAUUGGCAUUGGAGUGCCGGACGCCUGCAGAACAACCUUUGAUGCCGUGUCCAUGAUCAGGGGAGAGUUGUUCUUCUUUAGGUCUCAGUAUGUUUGGCGUAUCCGUGAUGGGCAGCUACAGCCUGGGUAUCCAGCUUUGGCUUCACGUCACUGGAGGGGCAUUCCUGACCACGUUGAUGCUGCGUAUGAAGACAGGUCUGGCAACAUCUGGUUCUUCCAAGGUGAACACUACUGGGUGUUUGAUGCGGAGAGGAAGAUAACAGGACCAGAUUCAGUGCGGCAGCUGGGUCUUCCUGUAACAGACAUCCAAGCAGCCAUUAAGUGGGAAGAGGACCAAGUUGAGAAAGUCUACCUCUUCAAGUCCGGUUCUUACUGGUCCUUCAACCUUCAGGAGAAUCGAAUCUCUAGUGCCCACCCUCGCCACUUCCACGAGUGGGGAGGAGUGCCCAUCCAUGUUGACGCAGGUUUUCGGGACAAAUAUGGCUACGCCAAUUUCCUGAGUGGCAUGCACUAUUGGAAGCUUGACCCUGUGGGGCUGAAGGUCCUAGAAGGCUACCCCCGCAGCAUUGGCAUGGAUUUCUUCGGCUGCUCUGCAAUGCGGGCCAUAUAAGUUCAAAC